CCCUCUGGUUAUUUUAAGGCGGGCGGUCCGGGUCGCCUGAUUCCUCGCUGCUUCCCUCCUCCCGCUCCCAGACCACGCGGCUGCCCUGCAGCAUGGGUCCCCGGCCCCGCUCCCCGCUCGCCGCCCUCCUGCUGCUCCUCUGCGGCCUGGGCACCGUGCACGGCGACACACCUGCCAACUGCACCUACCCCGACCUGCUGGGCACCUGGGUCUUCCAGGUGGGCCCCGGGGAUUCCCAGCGCGAGGUCAACUGCUCGGUGAUGGGACCACCAGAAAAGAAAGUCGUGGUGCACCUUAAGAAGAUGGAUACAGCCUAUGAUGACUUGGGCAAUUCUGGCCAUUUCACCAUCAUUUACAAUCAAGGCUUUGAGAUUGUGUUGAAUGACUACAAGUGGUUUGCCUUUUUUAAGGAUGUCACUGAUUUUAUCAGUCAGUUGUUCAUGCAGCUGGGAACUGUGGGAAUAUAUGAUUUACCAUAUCAGAGGAACAAACUGGUUAUUACGUAGAGCAUCUGUUGAGGGGCUCUUUUAAAACCACAGCCCCAAGCAGGCUUUGGGGCUGAGAGGCAGAGCAGCAUGCCGCACUGGACCACCUACCUCUAACCGCUAGCGGAGGCCCCUGGCAGCCACGGAGCCCUCUGGAGUCCGUAUGUGCAUGUAGAAUGCAGAGGAGGCCUGGGGACCUACCUCCAAGGCAGCUGCCCUCCUGAACAUUUCCGUGGAAAGCAGCCACCACCACUUUGGAACGUGAACCGCCAGAGAUCAAAAUGAAAACUAGAGCUGAGACUACGCAGGAGAAAGAAAAACUAUUCUGGAAGUCUUAGGUGGCUUCACCGUGCAGCCUUUGAGUAAAAGGAACAAUACGCAACCUAAGUUUUAUUCUCUUGUGAACACUCUUCUCUUGAGGGACCCAGCACCCGUCGGAAGGAGAAAAUAAGGCCUCCGGAUAUCUUGGAUGCGCAGAUAUGUUAUUGGUGGGAAGAUGGUCCCAUGGAAGAGGCUUUUCUGAGAGAAGCCAAACUGCUGAAGGGUAUCUUUUUGUAGAUCAUAGGCCUGCAUUAGCCCUGGCCAGAAAGAUGAUAGGAUGAAAACAUUUUAUGUUUAUUUUAUGUUUUCAUUGGGUGCCAGCCUUGUGCUAAGAAGUUGAGGUACUUUUCCUCUCAGAAACCCUAUAACGUACACAUCACUAGCUUCCUUCCAUAGUUUGGGAUAGUCUCAUGUAGUUCCUAAGCUCACACGGCUUAAGUGUUAAAUGAUAAGGGCUAGUCUUGCAAACCUAAGAAGCAUUUCUUUGUUCUGUACUUUGAACAUUUGUUUUGAUUAUGGAAGAGGAGGAGAUUGGGUGGGUAUGAAACGGCAAAUAUAUGUGAAAGAAAAACCCUUCACAAGUACGUGGAGUCACAUUUGGGUAGACUUUCUGAUGAGUCCCAGUCUGUAAACAUCACAAACGUUAGUUUAAUGGAAUAGCAUUGGCUCCUGUUGAGAUUUUAGGAGGAGAAUUGGCUUGAAGCUCCAGUUUCCUUUCCAAACGAGGCGACUCACUUUCUUUCCCAAGCCAGGGUCCUGUCAUCCAAGACAAAAAAUUACCUUCUCCUUCCCUUUGUGGUCCCUCAAAGUGGAAGAAGAGUUUUGUAAUCUUCAAAUUAAGUACAACUCGAGUACCUUUGCCAAGUUCACUUCUCUUAAUACCACUAUUGUUCACACCGAUUGCUAUCAUUCCGCUCUUUCCUGCUAAACAAUGGACUAGUUUCCUCCUCAGUUGUUCAGAGCUGAUUAAUAUCAGCCUUGGUGAACCGAGCCUGUGGGGCUCCACCUAAUUCAUCUUGUCUGGGAGGACUUCCCUCCUGCAUCCCAGCUUGAAUGGAGGAGUCUUUCCCUAGGUAGCAGGUUGCCAUCAUUCCAUUGUGAGCUCAGAUAACUCCUUAUACCACUGAGAAGUCCUGUUCAGCAGCUCUGGGAAGGUGAUACCUUAUAAAGAGGAAGUGACAGCACAACCGACUACUACCUGGAUACUUUCUUCCAUCCUACCUCUGGACCUGAUCAUCCGUCUUCACUCAGGGCCUUCAUGCCACCUCUGAGACCCUCCCCAGCUCUUUCUGCUGGUGUGAGAAAUGCCAUUAUUUUGGUUCUCAUUGUGCUACGCAGGUACCUCCGCUCAGGUAGUACUAACCCUGCUGUGUUGGAAUGAUGUGAUCGCAUGUCUUCAUCUUUUUUCCAGACUGAACAUCUCUUAUUUCCCUGGAUAUCUUAAGCACUCCGUGCCCAUAGAAACAGGGGCUUGGGGGAUUAACCACGCUUCUCUUGUCCUUUCAAAGAUUUCUCACAAGUGAUACCAGCUUACAAAAUAAUUAAUUCUGUAGAGUACAAAUCAGGGAUGGUACUAUGUUUAUAUUUUUGGUUUUCUGCUCUAAGAUAUAUCAGGAUACCUGUCUCCAGAGUCCUGAGAGAGUUGUAUAUUUUCAAACUGACUUUUCAGGAUGUAAAUUGUGACAAAGCAACCAAUAUGUGUAAAAAUGUAUUAUGGAAUUUAAAAUGACCUCUAAAGUAAUUUGUUUGUUUCUCUGAGAGUAACUGCAUCUAAACCAGGGGAGGAGAACGCCUGGCCUGUGGCCUUAUUAGGCCAGCAAAAUCCUUUGGUCUGGCCCUGCCAAGGCCUUAGGGAUGAGUUCAUUAGAUGUUUGCCCAGAUGUAGCAGGCUAAUUUUUAAGUUGAUAAUUUUGAAUGGCCUGCAAAUGAUGUUGUAAAUAUCCAAAUGGCCUUGGCAGAAGAAAAGGUUCUUUAUUGCUAACCUAAACGUUUGUUUUGAUUAUGGAAGAAGAGAAAAUUUGGUGGGUAUGAAACUGCAUAUAUAUGUGUUAAAAGGCCACAUGAGCCCGGCUAACAUGGCUCAGUGGUUGAGCGUUGACCUAUGAACCAGGAGGUUAUGGUUCAGUUCCUGGUCAGGGCACAUACCUGGGUUGCUGGCUCGAUUCCCAGUAUGGGGCAUGCAGGAGGCAGCCAAUCAAUGAUUCUUUCUUAUCAUUGAUGUUUCCAUCUCUUGCUCCCUCUCCAUGCCUCUCUGCAAUCAAUAAAAAUAUAUUUAAAAAAAAAAAAAGAGGCCACAUGGUAUAGUACUGCUUAGCAUUCUCUGUUGUAAUUGCCUGCUUGUCAUCUCCUCUGGUCUUUAAACUCCAUGAUGGCAGAGAUCAACCCUGUAUUACUGACCAUUUUAUUCCGUCUGUAAAGCACAAUAUGUGGAAAUAAUAGGGCUUCAAUAAAUAUAUAUUUGUAAAAUCAAGAGAAUUGGAUGAUACGUCAUUGUGUUGUCCUGUUGUUUUAUGGAUGUUUCUGGACAUAUUGUUGCCUUUGAGUCCUCUGAGCCUGUGGUGGACCCUGUGGUCUUAUUUGUAGAAUGACUUUAGAAAACAGAUGAGGUUUUGACAUUUUAUUCUGUUUAUUUAUUUAUGUUUUAACUUUUGUGUGAGACUACAGAGGUCAAGGUAGGACUCAAAGUUAAAAAGAGUAAACUUUCAAAAAUGACUAAAAACUAAAUUAGCUAUCAGGGGAAAUAGCUCUGUGACUGCAGUGGUUCUCCAAACCCUGGAUAAUCAAUUAGCCUGGGAUGCUGUAGGUUAUGCUGCAUUCCUGUUAUGUACAGCGAGAAACACCAGCUAACAGUUAGAUUAAAACUAACAUUUCUUUCAACCUCAUAGUUUUAAGAGUUUAUGAGUGAGAGAUGUAAAGUACAACAUAAGGAAUAUAGUCAGUAAUAAUGUAAUAACUAUGGAUGAUGUCAGAUGAGUACUAGACUUUUGAGGUGACUGGAAAUUAAUAUACUACUGUAUGUCAACUUUAAUUGAAAAAUAAAGAGUUUAUGAGCAAGUAAGUGAUGAACGAGCCAGUGAUUUUGGCUACUUUGCUGAGUGGUAAAUUGCUCUGUCUUCUUUUUAACUAGUUCUAGAUUAUAUAUUUUGGCUCUAACUGACCGUCUUUUCAGUACUGGAAAUAAAUUUAUGACCCUCCAUUUUUCCAUUGUAAAUCUAGCUUCGAAUGCUUUCAGUUUAAUGCUGGAAGUUAUUUGGUUGCAAGUAAUGUGAACAGUUUCAUAAUUCAUUAAAAUUCAACAAAAACAAUGGUUAAGU